AUGCGUGUCUUCCUUCGCCGACGCGAUGCGCCCUGGGAGGUUGUCGAUCACAAGUCUGUCCAGCCUGUCCCGACUUUCUACGACGACGAAGAUGUCGACAUCAUCCAUCUCUCUUCCGCAGAAACACGCGGCACCUAUGUGUUCGAAUCACACUCUGGAGCGUCGAGCAAGCGCUCCAGCGGAUGGGCGAGCCAAUCAACACGUUCAGGUGCAGAACACGGACGCAAGGCGCUUAUCUUUGCCCGUCAGCAGCUCCUUAGAGAAGUCGCCAAGAAGGACUGCAAUGUUCUCCUGCUUGAAGGAUGGAGCCUUACUGUCCUCCGGAAGGGUAAGCGGGUGCGAUUUGAAGUGCAAUACAGUGGUCGUGGCGCACUCGCGGCUGGCAAGCCGGACAUUGCACACCGACAACCACCUUUUAUCGAAUUACUCGGCCCGGCAUAG